AUGCCCGGUAGCAUGCGGCUUUUAGAUGAGGAAGAAGAAGAUUGGGUACCGCAAAACAAUGGGCGUAGACGUUACGCUAUCCCAGAAAAAAUAGACAGCAGGGAUGAAGAUGAGAACGAAGAAGAUGAUGACAUUGUUGAGAGCUCUGGUAAUUGGCAACGAAUGGAAAGUAUUACUACGCCACAUCCCAAAAUUCCCGUAGUUGCAGCAAGCCGACGAUUUGACAGAACUCCACAACAACCAAAAAAUGCUGUUCGUAUUGAUACCUCUCUGUUAAAUGGAGAGUCUGUUGAGUUGCCCACUUAUAUUAACGUACCGGUUACACUUAAAUGUAAAUUUGUAAAAGUUCCUGGCACCGAUAAUAAGUUUGAAACAGUUGUAGAAGGCAUGUAUCCUGGUCACACAACGACUGGAUCGCAGCUGGAUCACCCAUCAUCACAGAUUUUACAACAACUCAUGGAUACUGCUGAAAAGUGGCGUGGAACUAUUGAACGUUCAAGAAACCCUAGAAAAAUUCUAUACGAAGACGAAAUAAUGAAUUACGAUCAGGAUAUAAAUCCAUACGGAAGACAUGAAAGAUAUGCAGAAGACAUAGUACAAAACGAAGAAAAUUUGCAACCACCAUGUGAUGAUCAAGUAGAACAAACUAAAGAUUAUAGUGAUGAUAAAAAUGGUGAACUACGAUCUGUUGACAAACAAAUUUUAGAAUCUCAACAGAUCGAUGACAAACAACAAACAAAUAUUGACCAACAGUAUGAUAAUGAACAAUUUGACAACGAUAAACAAACUGAUAACAGUCAACAAAUUGAAAAUGACCAAGAAAUCGAUAAUGACAAACCAAUUGAUAGUGACCAACAAGUUGAUUAUUAUCCACAAACUGACAAUAAUCAACAAAUAAAUGAUGAUCAGGAGACCAUUGUCGACAUGCCAGUUAACAAUGAUUUACAAACCGAUUAUAUACAACAACUGGUUACCGAUGUGCCCGAAGAAGAGGAAGUGACUGAGCAAGAAACAGAAAGUCCACAAAUAAUUGAAAAAUCAAUAGGACAACGAGUAGUAGAAGCAGCUAUCGCAACUGCCAAAGCAACUGAAAUGGACAUUACGACUACAAUUAAAACAACAAACCCUAUACAGGUUCAAACGGAACUUCCAAUCAGAAAAUCAGAUCAAAUUAAAACAGGACCUUUAUCUGUCUUACAAACUCUAACCACAAUUCCGGAAAUUGUUGAAACAGUAAAUCUAGUUUCUACUACGCCAAUGCCAGUUUCAGAUGUACGACAACCCUCUGUAUUGACGGCUACGACAUCCAAAUCAGAUUACACUUCUGUCAUAGCUGGUAUGCCGCAGGAAACUUUCUUUGAAUACAUGGAUGGAGAAUCAAAUAGUAGCUCUGAAGUACCUGUUGAUAUACGACCCUUGAAAAUUUCCCAUUAA